CGAGAAAACCUCCCCAUAACUACUCUGGGCAGUGCAUGGGGGCAGAUCCAAGAAUGGGGCAGCGGGGAGGAGAGAAAGAAACCUAAAUGAAUCCCCUACUCACAUCUCCUUCAGAUUCAGAUUCCGGGGCUGCAAGGAUCUUUGGAGAGCCGGGAGAGCCAGCAGUCUCCAGGUGCCAGUGGUUGGAAGAUCCCUUCUGAGACUGGCAGAGGAGAAGAGGCAGGAAGGGCCCCCAGGUUCUGAGGUCCUUCCAUGAAUGGGGAGUAAUUGGGUGGAUCACACAAAUCUUUCUCCUGAUCUGUCUUUCAGAGGGAUCCCCAAGGAUAGAAGUCAAGAUCUGGAUUCCUCACUAGUGGACAAAAUGGAGUCACCGUUGUUCACUGAAUUAUCUCCUUUUGGUGAAGCUGAAAGAGCCACUGGAUUCCUGAUUCAGGGUCCUGUGUCCUUUGGGGAGGUGGCCAUCCAUUUCAACAGUGAAGAGUGGUUGCUGCUUGAUCCCAGCCAGAAAGCCCUGUAUCAAGAAGUCAUGUUGGAAACGUCUAGGAUGGUGGCCUCUUUAGCAUUUGAUGCGCAGAAGAAGGAGAAUGACCAAGAGCCAAAUUUAGUGCCAUUGCAAAUAAUCAAAACUGAAAUUCCUGAGGAGACAUCUACAAAUAAGUGGGGAAGGAGGAAAUCUGAAAAGAAGCACAAUUGGAGUGAAAACUCAAUUCUUGAAUGUGUGGAAAUGGAUCUUUUCCUGACCCAACGUGAUUCCAAAGAAUAUAUGGGGAAAUGUCAAAGUAGAAAAAGAUUAAAAGCAAACCCCGAUGUUAGUAACCACUGCAAAACUGGAAAAAGCUCCAGUAGUAAUAAUCUUACUUCACAUAAAAUGAUCCAGGCAAGGGAGAAGCCCUACAACGAUGUGAACCGUAGAAAAAGUAUUGGAUGGAGAGGUAAUUUAACUUCUUAUAAAAAGAUCCACACCAGAGAAAAACAGUAUAAGUGCCUAGAUUGUGGAAAGAGCUUGAGGCACAGAGUGUGUCUGAAAUAUCACAAAAGGAUCCACACAGGAGAAAAACCCUAUAAAUGCCUAGACUGUGGGAAGGGCUUCAGGCAAAGCUGUGACCUUGCUUCCCAUAAACGGGUCCACACAGGAGAAAAACCCUAUAAAUGCAUGGAGUGUGGAAAGAGCUUCAGUGUAAAGAGGUCUCUUACUUCUCAUCAACUGGUCCACACAGGAGAAAAACCAUAUGAAUGCAUGGAGUAUGGAAAGAGUUUCAGUGUAAAGGGAGAAAAACCCUAUAAAUGCAUGGAGUGUGGGAAGAGCUAUAAAAGCAGCAGUUACCUGAACACCCACCUGUGGAGUUAUUAA